GGCAAGGCGGGUAAUUCGAACGCUUACCCUUCGGGUUGGCGGGAGCUUUGGUGGCGGUACCUGCGGCAGAGGGGAUAGAGACCAAAGCUAGACAUGUCCGAGAGACGAACCCGGUCCGGAGGGGCCGCCCAGUGCCCCGGACCCAGCGCCCCAACUCCCACUCGGUCUCUGCGGAGGUCCCAGCGGAAAUCAGGCUCUGAUCUCCCAAACACCCUCCCGGAAAUCUGGCCUAAGGCACCUCAGGAGGCUCCAGUCAGAAAGCCCAUCGUCUUGAAGAAGAUCGUGGCCCAUACCGUAGAGGUGAGGGCUGAGAGAGGGGUUGUAGGUGGGGAGCCAGGAUUGGAAGUCAGCUGUGUGAUCAACUCGUCUCCACAGAUCCCAUCUGUUAACACUCCUCGAAGAAGCCCCCGGCUCGCUUCUUUAUUGGAGAAAGAAAACAACCCUCCUAGCAAGAAGCUUACUAAGGAGGACCUCUUCCAGACCUGCAGUGUCCCUGUCACCGCCCCCUCCACUCCUGUGCUGUGCCCCGUGAAUGCUGAGUCCAACUCCUGGAAAGGAGACUUGGACGCCAGAGACUUGGAAAUGUCACAGAAGGUCAGGCGCUCAUAUAGCCGCCUGGAGACUCUGGGCUCUGCGUCCACCUCCACCCCAGGCCGCCGGUCCUGCUUUGGCUUUGAGGGGCUGCUGGCAGCUGAAGACUUGGCUGGAGUCUCGCCUGUGGUGGAUUCAAAGUUGGCUGAGGUCCCCAGGGUCCCUGUGAAGCCCUGGGCCCCAGACACGACUCUCCCUGGAAUCUCCCCUCUGGUUGUCAAAGAGAAACGAAAGAAGAAGAAGGUGCCGGAGAUUUUGAAAUCGGAGCUGGAUGAGUGGGCCGCGGCCAUGAAUGCUGAGUUUGAAGCUGCUGAGCGCUUUGAUCUCCUGGUUGAAUGAGAUGAAGUGGGGGUGUCCCUGGCCAGACUCUGCCCUCCUCCUGCUGUACAUAGUUCCCUCUCCUUGUGGAAAAGACGCUUGGGGUCCCCUGCCCUGGUCUUGUUCCCCACGCAUGUGCUGUUGCUGCAUGUGAGGCCUGUCUUCUGGGGGAUGGUGCAGCGGCGGCAGCCAUCCAAGCUUCAGGAAAUGGGACCUGCCUGGUCCAGCAUCGCAUUGGUGUCCCGUCUGUAGUCAGUGACCUAUCAUCCUCGCCCCCCGCCUCCCAGAGUAGCCCAGCCACUCUCCAGUCAGGCCACAGACUAGGAGCAGGAAUCACUGGCCCGGCCAGAGGAGGUUAAAGGACUGGGGGUCAGGGAGAGAGAGGGCACUUCUCUGCUCCUGUGGGGAAGUGCCACUGUUCUGCACCAGCCCACCGGAGACGGAUGCAGGGGCCACCGCCAGCCUCGGGCUUUCUCUACUGAGUCACCUCUGCUGGGGCUUGGUUCCCCUCCUCGAGCCCAUCUAGGUAGCGAAGCUUGGGUUUCCUCUUAGAUUCUGUAGAUGGUCUGGGAGCACUGAACCCGUGGAUUGGAGAAGUCCUAUCUGUGAGGAAGAAUCUGGACCCUCGGCCUAUGGAGUCUUUUUUGUAGGAGAGAGGGAGGCCUUGGUUGGGUCUCAGAUGGUAAUGUCUACUACAAGGAAGCUGUAUUUUAUAGUUCUAUGUGUUGCUGCUGAGAUGUUGGGUUAAAUGCAGGCUAAUGGAGCAAUGGCUGCUUGAGGUGAAGAAGGUGUCUUGAGACAACAUAGAACCUGAGGCUCAGGGAUUCUGGGUCGAUGCCUGCAGAGGGCCGGAAAGGGGCCCAUGGCUAAAGGUGCCCUCUCUUGUUACUCAUACCUGUUUUUUACAAAGUGUACAGUUUACUCAGCUCUAGAAGAAAAGCUUUGGGGUUGUAUGGUCCUGUGACCUUAGUGUUUUGUAAAGUUCUAGGAAGCUUUUCUCACGUGCCAGAAAGGGGCCAGGUUGAUAGCAGCCUUAACUUUCAGCUUCCUUAGGGUCCUCUCACACGAGGACCCUGCCUGAGGUAGGUACUAGGAGUUGAACUGGGGGGAGAAAGGGGUCAUCUCAUUGUCUCUGGUGAUCUGCAUGCCCCAGCCCUUGUUUCUCUUUUCUCAAUAUUGGUAAAAGGUGAGCGUUCAAAGGCUGCCCAACCACAGCUUCCGCUGUAGCCCAGGCCAUUGUACCUUUUGAUGAUUAUGGAUUCAUGGAAGUAGAAGCUGAGAGGAAUGUGGAGGGGCUAGUGGAUAGCAGAGAACAUUAGGGAAGAUGAGUGUUUGCUUGGUUGGGGUCCUUUAAAUGGCACAGGCCUGGUAGGUACCAGUUAAGCUCUGCAAGGCCUAGGAGCCCUAGGCUACCUGUCCAGUGCUUCAUGCUUUGUCACGCAAGCCCCUUUGCCAGGGUAAACCCAGACACCCUUGAAGUGGACCAUACCUAGAGAGCUGUCCUCGCUGACGAGCAGGACAACUCCGGGAAAAUGUCUUUGUCCUGAAAGCUGGAAGUCACCAGAUGAUGUUGAGUUGAUGUCAUUACUACAGACUUCUGUCUGUCCCUGAAAAACUAAGAAUAGAGUUUAAGAGAAAACUGGGACUUCUUUUUAAAAUUAAAACAAACAAA